AGAUAACCUACAGUACAGCACAUCCAGCGUGCACCGACAGAUGCCUAUUGUCCACCCGCCAGCUGUUGAAAUCCCGUCUUCACCCUCUCUUCCCUCGCUAUUUAUUUAUUUAUUUAUAUAAACCUUUAACCUACCAUCUCCAAUUGUCAGCAUCGCUAUCGCCAUCACCAACCCCAAGGAGUACAAUAAUAUCAAUAACAAGGAAGGAAGGAAGCGCAAUGUCGACUACGAUCCCAUCUACUACAACCAUAGCUUCCCUCCCGGUGGAAAUCCACGCUCAGAUACUCCGGUCACUGCCUUGCUUCCGCGACGUGCAUGAUGCAAUCCUCGCCUCCCGACUCUUCCACAAUGCGUGGGUGUCGGGCCAGAAUGGCAUUAUUAACGCCAUAGCACGAGAAACCAUCCAGCCAUUGGAACCUCUGGUAAGGUUAUACCUUGCAAGGGAGCAGCAGAAGUUUGAAGUAUCCGUGGACGGAGCCACUAACCACCGCCUAACCCUACAAACCAUAACCAACAUCCGCGAAUAUAUUAAAGCAGCAGCAACGCAGUACAAUGCUAUGGUCUCUACCCCCCUGCUUAGGCGCAACUAUCGCAUCGGGGAGGGGCCGGAACCGCCCCCGCGCACACCAUGCGCUCUAGAGCUCGACCUCUUCACAAUGACUUACCUCACCAUGAAGUUGAUAGAAGCCUACCCGCCAAACCUCAUCGCGCCGCUGCUCUCGCGCACCGCAACAAUGGACCUGCUGCGCAUCCGACAGCUGCAGAAGCAUAUGUACGCACGCGGCCCACCCGAAGAUGAUUAUGGCGGCGACAGGGGCGGGCUGGUGCAGAGAGAGUUCAUGGCGAGGCUGCCUCGUGGGAGCGGUAUUUGGGAGGCCAUGGCGGGGAGGAUGAUUGGCGGGGAGCCAUUCGCCCUGUGGAGGGAGGGGCAGGAACAGGUUAGGGGGCUUGAACGAGCGAUGAAGGAAGGUAAGUUUCCGUGGGAUGCGGGUGCCUCGGGGGCGGUAGAGGUCGUGCGGGGAUCCGGUGGGGUGAAUGGUUUUACUGGCGUGCAGACGGCUGGCGGGUGCAGUGGGAUUAUCGGUUUUUAUAGGUACGUUUAA